CAGUAGCUGGGAACAUGGAUGUGUGAUUCCUGGGUGUUUUGGGUAGGUUACAUCUUGGACCAGUAACUUAUGAAGUACUGAGCAGGGACUGGCAAGGGCAGAUCAGCAGCAUGCCCCUCCUCACCAUGCACAGCCAGCAGAUCAGCUGGACUCCACUGCUGGUACUGGGGUACCUCUUUUACCUCCUCCUGGGUGCUAUGGUAUUCCAGCUGCUGGAGAAGCAGGCAGAAACACAUUUUCGGGACCAGUUCCAGCUGGAAAAACUCAAGUUCCUGCAGAAUUACACGUGUUUGGACAGACAAGCCCUGGAGCAGUUUGUACAGGUCCUCAUGGAAGCAUGGGAAAAAGGGGUCAAUCCAGAAGGAAACUCUACGAAUCCCAGUAACUGGGACUUCAGCAACUCCUUCUUUUUUGCAGGAACUGUUGUCACCACUAUAGGUUAUGGUAAUCUGUCCCCCAGCACAGUGGCAGGGCAGAUAUUCUGUGUGUUUUAUGCCUUGUUUGGAGUGCCCCUCAACCUGGCCUUCCUUAAUCAGCUGGGGAAAGCUCUCAAUGCUCAUCUGCUUACCCUGGAAAGAUGGGUGCAAAAGCCAGGGCGUGCUCAGGUGGUUCAAACACUGGCAGUGGCCAUCUUCCUCACUACUGGGACCUUGCUUUUCCUGGUGUUCCCACCAUUAGUCUUCAGUUAUGUAGAAGGCUGGAGCUAUGGAGAAGGCUUUUAUUUCACCUUCAUCACCCUGAGCACCAUUGGAUUUGGGGACUAUGUAGUAGGCACGAACCCAAACAAGCACUAUAUCCCCGUGUACAGGAGCCUAACUGCAAUAUGGAUUGUUUUUGGCUUGGCCUGGCUGGCUCUGGUCUUCAACGUGGGAGCUGACUUGAUGGAAAGAUACCUUCAGCUAAAGUGGCACAAGUCUGAUUUAAGCUUGGCAGAAGGAGACACCACCAAGCUGGAAGAUGAACCUGAGCAGCCUAGAAUCCAUAUUCCCAGCUGAGUAAGGGUAUCAUCCAAGCCUACAAGAGUGGCAUAACCCUCCAGGGAAACACCACUAGCCUGGGCAGGUGGGACUACAGUGGG